GGCCCUGCAGGGCUGGAGCGCAGCGCGGGUCACGCGAGGGCGAACCCUCCACCCUCCACCCGGCGGCGCUCGGGCCGUGGAGUCCGUCGCCGAGGCCGGCCGCUACCGGCGUCCACUCGGUCCCCCGCGCAGAGCUCCCCGCGGGAGCCCCAGAUCCCAAACAUGCUGGGCGCCUGGCUGCGGGACCCAUCCAUGCUGCUGGCCAUCACUGUCAUCGGGGUCACAGUGCUACUGUUUGCCCUGAAGAGCAUGAACUCCAAGAGGAAAGAUCUCAUCACCUUACAGGAUCCUGACUCCAAGUACCCACUGCCCUUGAUUGAGAAAGAGCAAAUCAACCACAACACCCGGAGGUUCCGCUUUGGACUGCCCUCGCUGGACCAUGUCUUAGGGCUUCCUGUAGGGAACUAUGUCCACCUCUUGGCCAGAAUUAAUGGUGACUUGGUGAUCAGAGCUUACACACCUGUCUCCAGUGAUGAUGACCGAGGCUUUGUGGACUUGAUUAUAAAGAUCUACUUCAAAAAUGUGCACCCUAAAUAUCCUGAAGGGGGGAAGAUGACUCAGUACUUGGAGAACAUGAAGAUUGGAGACACCAUCCUUUUUCGAGGGCCGACUGGGCAACUGUUCUACCAAGGGCCAGGGAGACUUGCAAUCAAACCAUACAAAAUGAGCCAGCCUGAAAAAAAACUAGUCCGUCACUUGGGAAUGAUUGCUGGUGGCACAGGCAUCACACCCAUGCUGCAGCUCAUUCGCCAUAUUACGAAGAACCCCAGUGACAAGACCCGAAUGUCCCUGCUGUUUGCCAACCAGACAGAAGAGGAUAUCUUGAUGAGAAAGGAGCUUGAAGAACUUGCCAGUACUCACCUAGACCAGUUCAGUGUAUGGUACACUCUGGACAGGCCUCCCGUCGAGUGGAACUACAGCUCUGGCUUUGUUACUGCCAACAUGAUAAGGGAGCACCUCCCUCCCCCUGGGAAGGGCACACUCAUCCUGGUGUGUGGCCCCCCACCCCUGAUCCACACAGCUGCGCACCCCAGCCUGGAGAAGCUGGGUUAUACGAAGGACAUGAUUUUCACUUACUAACACCUGUGUUCUUCACAAGUGUCCCAGGUCCCCCUCCUGUUUCAGAGUGAUUUGAUUUCACCAGGUUAAACUGGGAUGUUUGCAAAAGUGCCUCCUUGUGCCUCCUUGUGCAUGCCUACCAGGGCAUCUCUGUUUUGGGUGUGGGCUCCAGAAGGGAUCAAGGCACUAGAAAAAAACAGCUUCUGAGGCUCCUUGGCUUGAAUAGUGGAAAGAGCUCCAUUAUCAUACCUUUCUCUAUAGUCUGGUGAAAUAAACUUAAGUUCUCAGGACAUGUGACUCUGUGGGGCCCUGCGGAAGGUCAGGAGGCCACGUCUGUGGUACUUAGUUGGCUUCUGCGUAAUGGCAGGGGUCAGAGUGGGCAACUCUGGCAACGGUGCCGGAGUAGAACACAAGUGGGGUUGCAUCAGUGCCACUGACCUCUCUAGAACCCCUCUCCUCAGACCUCUGUGUUUUUUGUUGUUUCUUUUGGUACCAGGGAUCAAACCUUGCACUUGCCAAGUAGGCAUUUGUGCCACUGAGCUAAACCCCUGGCUCUUAAGAGAGCACUGCUUUUAAGGCCAAACCUACAAGAGUCCUCAGGCACCCUCCAUGUGAGGUCUUCCUUCCUUCCUUCCUUCCUUCCUUCCUUCCUUCCUUCCUUCCUUCCUUCCUUCCUUCCUUCCUUCUUUCCUUCCUUCCUUCCUUCAUUCCUUCCUUUCCUUGUGGGACCCCUUGAAACAAGAAUGGGUAGGUGGCCCAGGGACUCCUUCCAGCCUCCUCCUGAGUUGUGCAUGGCAGAUGAGAGUGCAGCCUGCUUUUUUCCCCAGCAUCCUCCUGGCUGCACCCUGGCAUUAGGCUGAUCAGGAGUGGUUAUAUUCAGAAACUUCUCAACCUACAGCUCCUAGAAGCUCUGCCUAAAUCCUAUCACUAAACUAAGCAUACAAGGAACCACUGUAGCCAUCUUCAGAGCCAGGACAACACAUUGCUGCUGUUACCUGAGUGGUCAUGACCAUUUCUGCAGAAUUUCAUAUAAUUCUCAGAAAAGAACAGAGAUCCUGUUAGGAUUUUGCCCUUCACAUAAUGGACAUGUGUGAGGAGACAAACUCAGAGACUAAGUGCUCUGAAGUCAUUCAGCCACUGUGUGGCAGAGCUGAUUUUAAAUUCCAAAUUAUUCAUUUUCCUUUUCACAAAAACUGACAUAACAGCAGCAGUGUUGGAAGUUGGUGCCACUGAUUUGUUACAUGCAUGAGCAUGUUUGCACGCAUGCAUGUCUGUGUGGGCAUGAAGGAGGGUAGAAGGGAACAGAAGAGGCUGAGGAGAGAGGCAUGUGAUUCUAGGGAGCUCUGCAGCACAGCUGUAUCUUGGAGUUUGGCCCACAGGUCUCAAGGGUCUGUGGAGUGGGGCGGGGAGGGAUGGCAUGGCCAGCGUGCAUGUACCCACUUGUUUAGCACGUCCUCAAGGAAUUCCUUGUUCUGCUGGGUAUGUCACAAUAAGCAAGAUCCUACCCUUAGAUACUUUACAAAAUGCAGAUCUGGCCUUGCAUUUCAACUGCUUUCAAUCCUUCUCUGCUUUUGUUCUAAUCCCCAUCCCAGCCACUUCCUACCUCUGGGACAUAUUCCAGGGGCCUUUCUUGUAAGGUUUUUAUUGAUUGUACACCUGACCACAUCAGAUUUUUCCUUCCCCAAGCCUCCCACUGUGACCUCAGUCUCUGCCCCAGUGGUUCUCAAAAGGGGCAAAUUUGCCCCUUGGAAUAUUUGACAAAGUCUGGGGUUAUUUCAGUUAUCACAACUGGAGGUCAGGUGCUACUCGCAUCUGCAGAGUAGAGGUCAACGAUACUGGCCAGCAGGACCUUGAUCAAGAAGCAGUUUGAGGGCCAGUUUGGGCUUCUCUUUGUAAAAACAGCGGUCUAUAGCAGGUGCCCAGGGGGUUUGUGCCCAGGGGGUUUGUGCUGAGGGAGGGUUAUGAUAGGACAACACAGAAUUGCAAGGCUGGUUGUACAGCUUUGAGACGAGGGAGAACGGCACAUUGAGGCAGAGUUGAACUCCAAUUAGAAAAGAAGUGAAGGCUUCCUGAGGGAUGCAGGAGAGGGAGAGUUUGUGCUGGGCCUUGACGGGCAGGAUUUGGCCUCACGAAGGUGACUGGGAGAAAAGGGAAUGUCACAGAGCCAAGGCCAAAUGGUGGGCUCAAAGAAGGCAGAGGACACUGAAGGGCCUGGGUGGUCACCUGUGGAAAUUCUGGAAUUGAGUUCUGAGCAGGACGGUGCCAGGCGUGACAGGAUUAAAAGUGCUUUGGGAAGGUCGCCUCGGGAACGGAGGGGAAUGGUGGGGACCAGUUGAAAAGGCGAAGGACCACAUAAGAGAUCAGCUUCAGUAAUCAGAUGACUCGAACUACAGUGGCCAUGCAGUGGGAGGAAAGGGGCACCCUGGGGAUUCGAUGGUGCUCCUCCCUCCUCCCAGGAGGGAGACAGCAGAAAGGGAGCGGCAGGCUUGAUUGGAAAAAUGGCCAGUUGCGGGAGCAACGUUGUUGCCCAAGAGACUUCCACUAGGGGGCGCUGCGUGAUCAGACAUUACCCAUGAGGCUGCAGAGGGAAAAGCUGUACCUCUUUUGGGAGACUGGAGGACCCUACAUUAUCAAGCCUUGAAUACGUGUUCCUGUGGAGACGUCUCUGAGACUCCCAGUUACCAUUUCACCCAACUCAUCACAGAUCACUCAGAACAUAGUUCCAGAAUAUGCUUCCUCCAGCAGCGGUUUUAUGGACUCACAGCGCCUCCCCUUUCGUGUACACACAAACAGCCUCCUGGCUGUCAUCAGGAACAGCAUGAGCCAUGGAGCAUGGUGCUGGUAUCUUGUUGUUCCCCCCACAAAAGAGGUUUGUAGUCCUUGUAUAAAAGUAAAAAAGCUGCAGUGAAGAGCACAGCAUGACUAAAAGCUCCUUGGGACCCCGAGGCCACCUUCUGACAACCUGUGCCACUGCUCUGCUCUGCUGCAGUCAGCACCCAGGUCCGAGAUGCCCCGCCAGCCCCAUCUGCAGUCUGGGCUCCGCAAUGGCUGUGUGCCAGGUCCCCUCCGAGGCAAAGAUGGGGCUCCACACGUGCCUCUCCGGGCUCUCAGCCACAAAGAAUGUCAUCUCCAGUCAUCAGAGUUGGGGGCAGUCAGGCAAGAGUCACUCAGCAGCUGGUCCUGGCUCAGCAAGGUCUGAAAGGACACAGCCAAAGGGGCGGUUUAACAGAGUUUGGGUUCAGGCUGCUGCCACAGCUACAGCAGAGGAAGCAAGGGGCACUGGACGUGGUUCAUGUCUGACACUGGUGCCCUGUGGGUUCACGGUGUCCCACAGACCCUAAGCAUUGGGUCGGAAUAAAUAGCACUGCUAAGAUAAAAAUAAACUGCUCACUGUAGAGGCAAUCUUGCUCUUUGAAAAAGCCACCAAAGGCCUCUUAGAUCAUUCAUAGGUUCAAGGCCGAGCAGAGACCUUUCAGUGUGUAGGCCAAAAAAAGCAAAGUUGCAUUAAAGUGAAUCUGCUUAGACACAG